UCAAACCACAUCACUCGCUUUUGCCAAAUUAUAAGGAAUAAAUAAAUAAAUAAAUUAUAAUUAGGGUUUUUAAUUUCUCCGCCUUAAAAUACCCUCCAUUUGCACACAACACAGAUCCUCCCUUGAGCCCCACUCUUCUUUUCUUUCUUUUGCGUUCCAAAGCCAAACCCUCUUUGGCUGAUUAUCACAUUCUCUCCUUUUGCUUUAGCAAAAAUGGUCAUUAAGAGACCUAAUCCUUUCACUAAACUCGCCCUAAUCCUCUUUUUCCUCGUGAUCACUACCUUUAAUCCCCCUCACCUGGGUUUAGCCGACGAAGAAGACCCUGAUUUUUAUGAUCUUGAUGAAACUCCCCCAAUACUUUCAAAUGUUGCCAAAUCAUCCAAAACCCGACUACUAGUUUCGCACUACAAGAGGAUCAGGAAGGGAAUGCGAUGCCACGUGGAAGGUUACAACAUAUGCAAUGGCGUGUGGGCGAACAACAAGACGAGCUUGCUGCAUUGCUGUAAGAAACAUUGCCGGAAUAUUCUCGGCGACAAGAAUAACUGCGGUCGGUGCGGGCAUAAGUGCGGCUUCGGACAGCGGUGCUGCGGCGGAGUUUGCACUUACGUAGGUUUCAAUCCGAGCCAUUGUGGCAAAUGCAACAAGAAGUGUGAGAAUGGGGUUAAAUGUGAGUAUGGAUAUUGUGGAUAUGCUUGAUUUUAAAGAAAUAUUGAAUGUUGGGGUUAUAUUGUAAUUUCUGAAUUUUGAAUUCUUUUUCCUUUGAGAGAUAUUUUCCUUUUUUUACGUACACGACAUUUUAGUGCAUACGUACGCGACGGUUUAUAUGUAAACACAAAUCCACCGAUUAAUAAAAGUGAAAUAAAAAUACACAUAUUUCUCUAUACUA